AGAGGAAAACAGAGCUGACUUGUCCAGAACCAUUUAGACAACACCUAAAGAGAGAUAUGUCGCAAAUUUCAUUCCCUUCCCCUCUGAUAAAUAGCUUGGUGAACUGUUAUCUGUCGGAACUUCUGGGUUUUUGGAGUUAUCGGUUUUGCCGUUAUCGGUUAAUGAUAUACAUGGAUAGAUCAUGUAAGCAUUAAAUGUGGAAGAGAGGCUGAGCACGCUACUCAUAAACGGCAUUUAAAGACACCAGAGUGUCCAACAGCAUUAUAUAAAGAACUACUGCUACAAAACUAAUAUUAACUCUGCAACUGAAUUAUUUUUGGUAUUCCUAUUAUCAUUCUGUAUUUCAGGUGUUCGUUGCGUGUCUUAGCAUAGAUUAGAGAAGCAAGGCAUAUUUCUAAGUUUGUUGGUUAUGUACGAAAGUAUUUAAUUUGAUUACAUAUACAAACAUAGUUUUGACCCCUGUAAUAAAAUAUUUUGAAAAUAGUGUGUAGAAUAUGCGAGCUCGGUUUAAGAGAAAGCUAUUUAAUGUCGCUAAAGACGUUUUACUUUUGGUUAUAUAAUGACCUACAUACGACACAGAACAGCAUGCCAGCAUGGCUGACAGAAGGCAGGCGAAGGAGGUGUUUACAGUUUUAUUUUUUUGUAUAUUAUGGUAUGUUGUUAGUUCCAGUAAUAAUGUUAUUGGGAAGAUGUUACUGAACGAUUUUCCAUAUCCGAUGACGGUGACUAUGGUUCAGUUAACAUCCAUUACCUUAUAUUCUGGCCCGUUUUUCAAUAUGUGGGGUGUGAGAAAAUUUGUUGACAUUAGUUGGGGUUAUUAUACGAAAGUGAUUGUACCACUUGCAUUAGGUAAAUUUCUUGCGUCUGUGUCGUCUCAUGUUAGUAUCUGGAAAGUACCAGUUUCAUAUGCUCAUACAGUGAAAGCUACAAUGCCACUUUUUACUGUAAUUCUGUCGAGAAUAAUUCUGGGAGAGAAACAAACACUAACAGUGUAUUUAUCUCUUAUACCAAUAAUUACAGGAGUAGCAAUUGCAACAGUGACAGAAAUCUCCUUUGAUAUGAUUGGUUUAAUUAGUGCACUGAUUGCAACUAUGGGCUUCUCACUUCAAAAUAUAUUCUCAAAAAAGGUGCUACAUGACACAGGUAUUCACCAUCUACGUUUGCUACAUAUCUUGGGUCGUCUAGCACUAAUCAUGUUUCUUCCUGUGUGGCUGGUAGUUGAUCUACAAAAUGUUAUGCAACACCCAACACUGGUAUCUGGUGAGGAUUAUCGUGUAUUGGCACUCCUGUUUCUUGAUGGAGUUCUCAAUUGGCUGCAGAACAUAGUGGCUUUCAGUGUCCUGUCACUGGUAACACCACUCACAUAUGCAGUUGCUAGUGCGUCAAAACGAAUAUUUGUUAUUGCUGUAUCAUUAUUUAUGUUAGGAAACCCAGUUACAGGCACGAAUAUAUUUGGAAUGGCACUAGCAAUAUUUGGAGUUCUCUUCUACAACAAGGCAAAAUACGAUGCACGCCAGUCACUGAAGCAGCAGACUGUGCUGCCCUUAUCACAUCAGUUGUGGCAGAACCAGACUGGAUAUGUUCCGUACGCAAGUUCUCCACAGCAUUCAGUCAUCGAGCAGAAAAAUUCUUACUCUAGUUCCAACAACAGCUUCUUGAAUGGUGGCAUCCACACCAUUAAUAACAAUAUCAGUAUUAAUAAUAAUAAGAGUAACAAAACUGGGAACUUAUUUUUUGUAUGAUAUAACAAGCUGCUUUUAGUAUGAAGAUAUAUAUUACUGUAUUUUAUAAAAUUGUAAGGUUGUACAAGCCUUGAUAUUUAUUAAGUGUAAGCAUAAUAUUUAUGCUCCUCAUAAAAGCUAAGAAGAAUAAGAAUUGGUAUUAUAUUUCAGCAUCCUGUUUGCAUUGGGGCAUCAUUUGUAGUCUUGUUUUCCAUCUGUAAUACAGGGAGGACAGAGCAAUAUGUGGCACAUCCACUGGGACACAUAAAUGGCCGCAAUAUAAAAGAUAGGAAGAAAACCAUCCUAUGACAUCAAAAUUAAUGAUAGACAUGCCUUAAUGAAUACAAUUUGACCAAGCGCACAGUGCAGUAGACUCCUUUAAAAGAUGUUACUUGAAGAUGGCCCUGUGUGGCUGAAACAUAUAGCAUAUACAUUGAAUGUACAGAUUUUAAUGACAUUUUAAACAUUUAAGGAUUUACAUUCAUGUUUUGUUGAGGUAGUUACAUCAUAUUUCAUGUGUAAAUCAGUAGAAGUUACCAGUAUUUCACACUGCACAACCAGUGGUUUCCUUCCCAUGCCUAGGAUCAAAAUAAAUGAUGGAAUUUAGUUGUAUUCCAGCCAGGUGAUGGUAAAAGGCAACCAGGAUUAGGCUGCCCAACAUAACAAAAUUAAUGUAACUACACCGACAAUACAGAAAUGAAACAAUAUGAUAUGUGGUGAUUCACUAGGGCACAGCCUCCUAUGUUGGAUCACUGCAGUGGUUACCACUGCUACAAAAGGAAAGGCUAAGUCCUGUUGCAGUCACUAAAUAGUCUUCCUGUGUUCCUCUAAUUCAGAGUUUCCUGAAUUAUGUAAUAAGAAGGUAACAGGGCAGAGCCAGAUGAUAAAAACAGCACAGAAUUAGAAACCUGUAAGACAAGAGUGAGAAACAUGACAGGGGAACAAUGGAAAGGGCAUUGAAGUUCCCGAAUUCAUGAACAGAAAAAAGAACUGAUUCCUGGAAAGCAUUAAUUAACAUUUAUUUUGCUUAAGAUUUCAAUAUGGUUAAAGAAACCGCCUUCCAAAAGGCAGAAUUUAAGCACUAGGGUCAAUCCUUUCUCACUGUCCAAUUUCUUCCGUCCCUUUAGCAAGUUUACACAAAUUGAAAAGGUAAUCUAUGCAGACUCAUUAUUCACUGGUAAUUAAAUAAAAUCUGUACACUUACUGAAAAGUCCAGUUGAAUUUGCAAAGUAACCAGGCAGACUGAUAUGUAUGUACAAAUUAUGGUGAUGUCACAUUAAGGAAGAAAGAAAUAUAAUGUAUAAUGCAUGCUGA